AUGGCGCGUGUCGGCCGCGUUGGGUUUCUCGCCCUCGCGGUGAUCUUCCACCUGAUCUAUACAUAUUCCAUUUUCGACAUCUACUUCGUGAGCCCAAUCGUCAGUGGCAUGCGCUCAUUUGGUGUCGACCGCCCCGCCGGAACAACAGCCCCAUCCCAACGCCUCGUUCUCUUCGUCGCAGAUGGCCUACGUGCCGACAAGGCCUUCCAGGCAUUCCCCGAUCCCUCUCCCGAAUUCGACUCCCAAUCCGAACAACAACCCGAUGGGCUCAUUCGUCUGUCGCCCUUCAUACGCUCUAAAGUCCUCUCACAGGGAACCUUUGGUGUUUCGCAUACCCGGGUCCCCACCGAGUCGCGGCCCGGCCAUGUUGCUCUCAUUGCGGGCUUGUAUGAAGACGUCUCGGCUGUGACCACGGGCUGGCAGCUCAAUCCCGUCGAUUUUGACAGCGUGUUUAACCGCAGUCGUCACACUUGGAGCUGGGGCAGUCCCGAUAUUCUACCAAUGUUCAAGGAGGGUGCGGAGCCUGGUCGAGUGGAUGCCGACUCUUAUGGCGAAGAAUUGGAGGAUUUCAAUGCCGAUGCGACCUACCUUGAUACCUGGGUUUUUGACAAAGUUCAUGAGCUCUUUGAGUCUGCGAAGACCGACCCAGAGCUGGAUCGUAAGCUGCGACAAGACAAGUUGGUUUUCUUCCUCCAUCUGCUGGGCUUGGACACCACCGGCCACGGCUACCGGCCCUACUCGAAGGAAUACCUGCACAACAUCAAGGUCGUGGACAGGGGUGUGCAAGCAGUCACCAAGCUGGUCGAAGACUUCUAUGGAGAUGACAAGACUUCUUUCAUCUUUACUGCCGAUCAUGGAAUGAGCGAUCUAGGAAGCCACGGUGACGGCCACCCGGACAAUACAAGAACACCCCUCGUUGCCUGGGGCUCUGGCGUAGCAAAACCCGUCACUAGCACAAUGGGCAUUGCGUCUGGACACCAAGAUGGCUUCUCAUCAGAUUGGGGAUUUGACCACGUCCAAAGAAAUGAUGUUGAGCAAGCCGAUGUUGCUGCCCUGAUGGCGUACCUUGUUGGCGUCGAUUACCCAGUCAACUCGGUCGGUCAAUUGCCGCUAAAUUAUCUCGAUGCAAGCCCCAAGGAAAAGGCAUUGGCUGCCCUGGCAAACACCCAGGGAAUUCUGGAAAUGUACCGUGUCAAAGAAGAGCAGAAGAAAUCAUCGGUGAUCAGAUAUGUGCCCUUCGAGUAUCUUUCUGGUGAUGAAGAGACAUCAAUCGAAGGACGAAUCGCCAAUCUCGAGGCACUAAUCUCCAAUGGAGCUUACGAAGAUUCCAUUGCCCUGUCCCAUGACCUACUGAUUGUCGGCCUGGAGGGUCUGCGUUAUCUACAGACCUAUGAUUGGCUGUUCCUACGCACAAUCGUUACUCUCGGCUAUCUAGGCUGGAUUGCCUAUGCCCUUACCACCGUUAUUGAUCUCCACGUCUUACACGGGACGUCUGAUGCCCAUCGGACUACGGCUAGCAUCUCGUUCUUCUCAUCUAUCCUGGUGGCGCUAUUUUCUGUUCUUCUCUACCAAGGAUCGCCGUGGCAGUACUACUUUUACGGGUUCUUUCCCAUAUUCUUCUGGGAAGAAGUCUUCGCUCGCCGUAAGGCUUUGAUUGCUGGCCGCGAGAUCGUUCUCGGCCAUGUUCGCUCUUUCUCGGAAUAUGCGAGCUUUGGAUUGCAGUUGGUGGCAUUCAUCGGUGUACUGGAGGCCCUGGUUCAAUCUUAUUUUCACCGAGAAAUUUUCACCGUCGGAUUUACUUUGGCCGCUUUUUGGCCCUUUGCCUACGGCUUCAAGUUCGUCCGCACGCACAUAUAUUUGAACGGGACUUGGGCGCUUGGAUGCCUUCUGAUGAGUAUCUUUACUCUGUUGCCGGUUAGCAAAGUAGAGGAAAUCUCUACUGUCACCUACGGCGGUCUUCUCAUGUUCUUGACCGGUGUCCUGUAUCUACUGUUCGAGGAUGCAAUCCUCGGCCGGGACAGUUCCAAAUCUCGAAUCAACAAUGUUGGAUCGCGGAUCAUUAUGGGAUGUCAGGUUGGAAUGGUGCUUCUUUCAGUGAUCGUUACUCGAUCAAGUAUAGCCUCCCUCCAGGCUCGUGAAGGUCUACCGCUCGGCAACCAAGUGGUCGGGUUCGUCGUUAUGGCCGCUUCGGUCACUUUGCCAUUCGUCCACCGACUAUACCCGGACAGUCAUUACCUCCAUCGACUAAUGAUCAUCUUUUUGACCUUCUCGCCGACCUUCAUCAUUCUUGCGAUCUCUUGGGAGGGUCUAUUCUACCUGGUGUUUUGCAUGACCCUUGUGACAUGGGUGCGCCUUGAACACGCCAUCUACGUGCACACAGCCGGGGCCAACGCCGUCAAGACAUCCCGCAACGGCACUGUCGCACCCUCCAAACCCGCCGCAACCGGCUCCACGACCGUCGAUGGCCUCACAUACCACUACCGCGCCCUUACCCUCUCCGACACCCGUGUGGCCCUAUUCUUUUUCUUCCUCCUCCAAUCCGCUUUUUUCAGCACGGGCAAUGUCGCCUCAAUUUCAACCUUCGCCCUGGACAGCGUCCGCCGUCUCGUCCCGGUCUUCGAUCCAUUCAGCCAAGGUGCACUAUUGCUCUUCCAGAUUCUAAUUCCCUUCGCUAUCAUCAGCGCCAACCUGGGCAUCUUGAACCGACGCCUGGAAGUCGCCCCCAGUGCACUCUUCAUGGUCGUGAUGUCCAUUUCCGACGUGAUGACACUGAACUUCUUCUAUAUGGUCCGCGACGAGGGCUCCUGGCUCGACAUCGGCAUGACUAUUAGCCAUUUCUUCAUCGCUAGCUUACUUUGCACUUUCGUUGCGGGUCUGGAAUUCCUCAGUGAGCUCUUCGUGAGCGGUGUCGACUUUGGCCCCACUGCCAAUGCGCUUGGGUCUGCCGUGGCACAGGCCGUAAACGAGGCCGCCGAGUGUGGCCACGAGCUUACGCAGGAGCAGAAUCAAGAGCAAGAGCAAGAGUCAACGCCAGCACCUGCACCCGUCAAGACGGGCAAGAAAAGCCGGGCGCGGGCUAAGGGGAAAAAGGGCCAGUAA